ACUCUGUUUGGUGCUCUCCACCUGCAUCUUGGGGGCGCCCCGGAAGGCCCCGCUGGGACUGGAAAAACUGAAACGACAAAGGACUUAGCGAAAGCGGUUGCCAAACAAUGUGUGGUUUUCAAUUGUUCAGAUGGACUGGAUUACCUGGCUCUAGGGAAAUUCUUUAAGGGCCUCCUUUCCUGUGGAGCCUGGGCUUGCUUUGAUGAAUUCAACAGAAUUGACCUGGAAGUACUUUCUGUUGUGGCACAGCAAAUUCUGACUAUCCAGAGAGGUAUCAAUUCUGGGUCUGACAUCCUGGUGUUUGAAGGGACUGAGCUGAAACUGAACCCAACCUGCGCUGUCUUCAUCACCAUGAAUCCCGGCUAUGCUGGGCGCUCAGAACUUCCAGACAAUCUGAAGGCCCUGUUUCGGACAGUGGCUAUGAUGGUGCCUGAUUAUGCUAUGAUUGCGGAGAUCGUCCUCUACUCCUGUGGGUUCGUUACCGCCCGGCCCCUCUCAGUGAAGAUCGUGGCUACCUACCGCCUCUGUUCAGAACAGUUGUCUUCCCAGCACCACUAUGAUUAUGGGAUGAGGGCUGUGAAGUCGGUGCUCACGGCCGCGGGGAACCUGAAGCUGAAAUAUCCCGAAGAAAAUGAAGAAAUUUUGCUUCUUAGAUCUAUUAUAGAUGUAAAUUUGCCGAAGUUCUUAUCCCAUGAUCUACCACUUUUUGAG